CAUACAUACAUCCUACAUACUCAUACAUACGUGGAUAUAUUCCAAGCACUAGGAACAUACAUGCCCAACUGGUUCCCCACACAGAGACUUGACCCGAUGAGUUUCUUGUCCAUCUUUCUUUCCUCCCUUUCCGGGUUGGUUUUUGGUUCUUUACUUUCUGCACACACAGGGGAGAGAAAAGAUUCACUCCCAAAACGCAUAUUUCAGCUUCUUAAAAUCUAGAAGAGCUUUCGCUACAAAUUUGUAUGGAUUUUCCAGUUGAAACAGACAAACCAACUAGUUCAACACCCCUUCCCAUCUGAGCCCAUUUGUAAAUCCUGCACUAAAUCUAGGAGAAGGAUACGAAACUGUCGUUCCGAGGGCGUUACAGUUCGUGGUGCCUCAAAUUCGAGCACAAUUUCUCGGUCUGGAAUUGGGCUGUAGAUUCCCGACCGUAAGAAAUCGUGGGCACUCGACGUUUUCACUUUUUAGUCGAUUUUUGGCGAUCUUCUGAUUGUUUCCUGAAGCGAGGAUGACGUCUGCGAAACAUAGCGUCUUGCCGCCAUCUCUAGUUUCCAAUCUCCAGGACGUUUUGAUGAAUAGGAGAAGUGGGAAAAGCGGGGAGGAGUCGAAGGCGGAGGUGGAAGUCGGGCGGGCGGCAGAAACGGCGGUGGAGAGGGAGAAGCAGGAGGAGAAGCCCAUCGUUCUUGUCACCAGCGGAGAUGGGAUCGAGUCGCCGGGCCUCACAGCGCUCGUAGAGGUGCUGGUUCGAGGGGGACGGUGCGACGUUCAUGUCUGCGCGCCAGAAACGGAUAAGUCUUUAUCGGGGCACUCUCUGACGUUGAAGGAGACGGUUUCUGUUAGCUCUGUGGAAAUUAAUGGUGCUACUGCUUAUGGAGUUUCUGGAACUCCUGCUGAUUGCAUUUCUUUAGCGUUGUCUGGUUCGUUGUUCCCGUGGUCAAAACCAUCUCUGGUAAUCAGUGGAAUUAACAAAGGAUCGAGUUAUGGUCAUCAAAUUUUCUACUCAGGUUCUGUUGCAGGAGCCAGGGAAGCUUUACUUUCUGGUGUACCUUCUUUAUCAAUAUCAUUCAACUGGAAAAAGGAUGAAAGUCAUGAAAGUGAUUUCAAGGAAGCAGCCAAUGUUUGUUUGCCAUUGAUAAAUGCAGCAAUCCGGGACAUUGAGAAGGGAGUCUUCCCAAAGGGAUGCUUGCUAAAUAUUGAGGUCCCUUCAAGUCCUUCUAAACACAAGGGAUUCAAAAUCACCAAACACAGUCAACAGCGGCCUAUCCCUACAUGGCAAGCAGUCACAUCAAGCAGGUACCCAGCUGGACAUUUCAUGUCCAACCAGCAAAGCCUGGGCAUCCAGCUUGCACAGCUUGGAAGAGAUGCAUCUGCAGCAGGUGCUGCUCGUCGCCUAAAUGCACAAAAAAAGACUGUGGAGAUCGAGUCAGUGGCUGAACACGGGAAACCUGAACCUGAACGAGGAACAGUUAGGAAGCAUUUCCGCCUAGAGUUUGUUGAGAAGGAACAAGUAGAUGGUGAAGAAAAUCUCGAUUUCAGGGCCGUUGAGAAUGGCUUUAUAUCAGUGACUCCUUUAGAGCUGCUGGUGCAGUGUGAGCCAGAAACACAGACUUCUGCAUCAGAAUGGCUUGCUGCCGCAUUGGUUGCUGAUGAUGUGCAAGCAUCAUAACACAGUGCCUAAUUAUUGUGUAUAAAUUAAAGGCAUAUAUAUAAUCAAGGGAAGGGGUUUUUUUAAUUGAUCUUCCUUUUUUCAUUUAUUUAGAUGCCAAUGUAUGUUUUUCUUUUUUCUUUUCUGUUUUUCUUCUCCAUUUAUGUUUUUUCUCAUGUAUUUUAGAGAAUGAAAUGCUUGGUUUGUCUUCAUGGUUUUUGAGAUGGAUUUCAAUUUUUGAAUCUAUAUCAUUUGGAAAUGCCUACUGAUAACCGUGAGGAUUGCUUGGGGUUGUACUUGGAGCAAAAAUAUAUAGUAUUUGCUUUGCCUUUUA